AUGGAUAGACAGGACAAGGAACUGGGUACGGCUAGGGCGUCGCCGUUAAACGACGCGCAGGCACAUCGCCCUAAACCUGUGACAAGUGGGCAAGGGCUACCGUGUCAAGUACGGGCACGGCUAAAGACGCGAGUACCCAAACGGAAACUCCGCUUUGCAACGUGGAACAUUGGCUCUCUAACCGGACGAUGCAGAGAACUCGCAGAUGUACUCGUGAGACGUCGGGUCCAGUGUGCGUUCCUUCAGGAAACUCGCUGGAAGGGCAAUAAGUCUCGCAACAUCGGACAGGGUUACCGGCUGAUAUACACUGGGUCGCCUUCAGGUAAAGCUGGUGUAGCAGUAGUUCUAUCUGAAGAGCUUCAGAAUGGUCUUCUUGAAGUCGACCGCCGCUGCGACCGUCUGAUGCGGGUGCGGGUACUGAUCGAGGGAGUCAUUACUAACUUGAUCAGUGCCUAUACUCCUCAGGCGGGAUGUAGUGGGUCGGAAAAAGAGUCAUUCUGGGAGCAAUUUGAAGAGGUUCUACGCGCUAUUCCAGCUGCUGAAGUAAUCAUAGUUGGGGGGGACUUAAAUGGCCACGUAGGUAGGGCUGCGGAUACGUACGAGCGUGUACACGGUGGUUUUGGUUAUGGUCGCCGCAAUGCAGAGGGAGAAACUAUUCUCAGAACCUGUAUUGCGUCUGAUUUAGCCGUCGUGAACACGUUCUUUCAAAAGACUUCGCAGCACCUUAUCACGUAUAAAAGUGGGUCCCACUCUACCCAAUUAGAUUAUCUGCUGACCAGACGGUGUCAUAUCGGCAAGGUGACUAACUGUAAAGUCAUUCCUGGUGAAAGCCUGACAGCCCAACAUCGUCUUCUUGUCAUGGACUUUGUUGUUACCCCGAAAAAGAAAGUAGCCGAGAAACGUGAGCCUCGGAUCAGGUGGUGGUUGCUGAAUGGAACGAUGCAGACCAACUUUCGGGCAGCAGUUGAGAGUCAAAAUCUGUUGACCCAUACCGAAUCUGCUCAGGAAGCUUGGGAUCGAGUGCAGUCAGCAAUUAUCACGGCAGGUAAACGAGUUUUAGGUCUUUCUAGGGGGGGACGGGUCAUCGACAGGGAGACGUGGUGGUGGAAUGACGAAGUGCAGGAGGUGAUUCGCAAAAAAAAGGCUGCCUUUAAGGAGUGGCAGCAAUCACACUCUCCUGAAGACAGACUAGAGUACAUAGCAGCGAAACGUGCCAGUAAAAGGGCUGUUGCCAGAGCCCGCAGUGACAGGUUAUCACCGUUAUAUGAUACACUUGAAACUGCGGAGGGGCAGAAGCUCAUUUACAAAUUGGCACGAGCUCGGGAUAAAGCGACUCAAGAUAUUGCAAAAUGUCUUUGCGUCAAAGAUUCCCAGGGCACGCUGUUGUGUAAUCAUGCCUCUGUGAAGGAGAGAUGGAGAUGCUACUUCAAGGAGUUGCUAAAUACUCAGCACCCGUGCAGUCUUCCUACCGAACCACCUCCUAAUCUUGGACUUAUUGCCCCGAUAACGCCUGAUGAAACUCGGAAUUGUCUUCGACGCAUGAAGAAUCGGAAAGCGGUGGGACCUGACGAUAUUCCGAUCGAAGCGUGGAAAUCAUUGGGCUCUCUUGGUGUGCUCAUACUGACGGACCUUUUCAACCGCAUCUUGAACACUGGGACUAUGCCACAUCAGUGGCGUUAUAGCUUCAUUACCCCCAUUUACAAAGGCAGGGGCAGUGUUCAGGAUUGCGGUAGUUAUAGAGGCGUUAAGAUCAUGAGUCACACCAUGAAGCUCUUUGAGCGCAUGAUCGACCUCAGGCUCCGCCGAGAGUGUACUGUCUCGGAGUGUCAAUAUGGAUUUCAGCCUGGAUCGGGCACCUUGGACGCCAUUUUUGCCAUCAGAACCCUGAUGGAGGCAUACAGGGAAAAAAGGAGAGCUCUGCAUGUCGCAUUCCUAGAUCUGCAGAAGGCCUUUGACUGCGUGCCUCGUCAAUGUAUCUGGUGGGCUUUGCGAACCAAAGGGAUCCCUGAGGCCUAUAUUGACAUCAUCAGAGACAUGUACCGCGAUUCCGUUUCCAUGGUUAGGACUGCUGUUGGCGAUACAAAACCCUUCCCGAUCUCAGUAGGGGUGCACCAAGGCUCGGCUCUUAGCCCGUUCUUAUUCAAUGUAGUGCUGGACACCGUCUCGGCUAACAUCCAGGACCAGCCUCCAUGGCUGAUGAUGUAUGCCGAUGACAUAGCGCUCAUUGACGAGGACCGGCUGACGCUGGAGCGGAGAGUGAACCUUUGGAAGGGUGCGCUUGAGAACGGUGGUCUUAAACUAAAUGUGUCGAAGACCGAGUACAUGGCUUGCGGGAGCCCGGACUCUUGCACCAUCCAUAUAGGUCCUGAACCAGCCGUUAAGUCGGAGAAGUUCAGGUACCUUGGAUCUAUUCUGCAUGAGUCCGGAGGCAUCGAUCACGAUGUCCAAGCCCGGAUCAGCGCUGCUUGGGCGAAAUGGCGUGAGGUCACAGGUGUGGUCUGCGACCGCAGAAUACCGCCCAAGCUCAAGGGACUAAUAUAUAAGAGCAUAAUCCGUCCGGUUCUCUUAUAUGGCAGCGAAUGUUGGCCAGUACUGUCCAGGCACACUCAAGAGCUUCACGUCACGGAGAUGAAGAUGCUGAGGUGGAUGUGUGGCGUUACGCGGGCUGACCGCAUACGUAACACAUUCAUCCGAGGUAGUCUUGGAGUCCGUGACGUAGCGGAUAAGCUUGAAGAGAGUCGCCUGAGAUGGUAUGGCCACGUUGCACGCCGGCCUGAGAACUACGUCGGAAGGAUUUGCCUUGAUAUGUGUGUCCCUGGAGCGAGACCCCCAGGACGCCCAAAGAAGCGAUGGCUGGACACCGUGAAGCAGGACAUGAGAGCCAAUGGAUUAACCACCGAGGAUGCCAAAGACCGGGCAAAGUGGAGGCGUUUGUGUGGGAAGGCAGACCCUAGCUAA